CGAAGGUCGUACGAAACUUGUUUUUUUUUCGUUAUCACAGAAGUUUUAUAAGAGCCUCAAUCAAAACUCUUCGGAGAGUUGAGAGUGGUACUCGUUAAUAAUACGCGCUAAAUUAAAUGUAAAAGAUGCAUCUUAAAGAUCAACAUCCCCUUUAUCCGUGUUCGGAAAGCGAUAAGCAAGAAAUAAGAAGAGAACUCGGAAUGAAAGAAAGCAUUCUGCAAGAAGAUAUUGAUGCCAUACUCGAUUGGUUCAACAAACAAGCACAUUUGGUUCACGCUCCCAUUGAUCGAGACCAUAUUGAAAAAUUGCUAAUUUCGACAAACGGAUCUCGCGAAAAGACAAAGCGAAGAAUCGAUAACUUCUACAAGUACAGGUCGCAGGCGCCUGAACUGGUGUUGUCCAGGAGAGAAGUGCUGACAAAUCCAUUAUACAACGGCUGGUCAUUUUACCACCAAGCUGCUAUGUUCGAGUUAUACGAAAAAAAGAGGUUAUCCAUAUUUAAAAUCACAGACCCAGAUCCAAGCAAAUUCGAUGCAGAUGUCAUCUUCAGGAACACUAUUAUGCUGGGUGAUUUGAGAUUAAAAUUUGACUAUAUGCUGGGGGAGAUUUGGAUUAUGGACCUGGAGAAUGUGUCCUUUGGACACAUAUUGAGAGUUAAUCCAACAACAAUUCAGAAAUUUAUGAAUAUUAUACAGGACGGCGUAGGUUUUAAAAUGUUUGAAAUACAUUUUAUCAACGUAUCAAGUUUCGGUCAGCAUGUUGUUAACUUCCUUAAGCAAUUUGUAAAGCCUAAGAUAAUGGAACGCUUUGUAUGUCAUGAAAAUAGUGAAAAUCUUCAUAAGUAUAUACCGAAAAAAUACUUACCGAAAGACUAUGGAGGCGAGCAACCGUCGUUAAAUGAUAUGAAAGCUAUUCUCAGAAAGGAAUUACUUAAAGACCUGUCAAAGAAUUAUCUUUUGGAGUGUUGCCAGCAGCUUUCCGACGAAAGCAAAAGAAUGGGAACGAAAUACCAGGAGGAACAUUUAGUCGGAUCAUUCAAGAAACUAGAAUUUGAUUGAAUUUAAAUAUUUGGUUUGAAAAUUUGCUUGUAUUAAAACAUUAAAAGCGCUCAUCAUAAAAUUGUAAGGAUUAUUAAAUUAUUUUUUAUGUAAGAAGAGAUAUUGUGUUUGAGUAAAACGCUAUUAAUUAUUUUUACGUGAAACAAAUAAACAUUCUUUCAUACAUCAUAUCAUACAAGUUGAAAUAAUAGCGUCGUAAAGUGACUAUAUAUAUGAAAUAAAUAUAAGGCUGUGACCAAGAUGUAAAGGGAUAUCGACGGAAGUAUUAAAUUAUUAAAAUGUUAACAUGGUGUAGGUUUAUUAUUAUUUUAUUAUAUUAUUUAAAACAUCUGUUAUUUAAUUUAAAUUUAUUUUUCAAUUGAAAUUCAUAAAAAUAUGCAUAUUUUUUUAUUUUUAUUUUUAAGGCGUCUCUAUAUUUCUUUGUCCUGCAUCAGAAAUUACAUCAUUUGAGUAAGAAUAAUAGAAAUAAAAAUUU